AUGGAAGGUGAAUUGUUAAGUGAUAUUACUAGCGAUGCUAAUAGUGUCAAAACUUCUGAAUUAAUUUUAUCGCAAUCCGAGUCUCAAAAAUCGUAUGUGUGCUUCGUUUGUCUUAAAGAGUUUUCUUGUAAAAGAUCUUUGAAUAACCACACUGCCUCUCAUAUCUUGGAGAAUCGUUUCAGGUGCGAAGCGUGUGGGGAAUCCUUUUCAACUAUUACUGAUCAUGCUGAACAUUGUUGUCAACAUGAGGAAAUAACAUGUUUCACUUGUAACGAAACAUUUUCAAGUUCAUUAGAAUUAGGUGCUCAUCAGCAACUUCACCUUUUAUUGCUUUCUGAUAUUUAUGUUUGCAACAUUUGUGAUAAACCUUUUCCCAAUGAGACAGAAAUGCAAACUCAUCAUAGACAGCAUUUUGGAAAAUGUUUUCAGUGUAAAGAAUGUAAUAAAUACUUCAGCUCUAAAAAUAAUCUGAUAAUUCAUAGUCAAACUCAUAUUGUCACCAAAUCAUUUGAGUGUGAAAUAUGCAAUGAAAAAUUUCACUGUAAGAUUGAUUUACAAAGGCAUUAUCAAGUCCACAUUAACAUCAGACCUUUUGCCUGCAAUUCAUGUGAUAAAACUUUCAAAACACAAAAAAGAUUGACUGUGCAUUUAAUGGAUCAUGGUGGUUCAUAUGUGUGUCUGGAGAGACAGUCAGGUUUGUUACAAAUUUAUGCAGUAGAGCUGAGGUGA